GGCGGGCGUUCCGGACACACUCGGCUACGAGAUGGCGGCCGCGGUGUUUCUGAAGAAAUUCUGCAGAAUUAAUUUAAGCAAAUUUGUUCAAAACAAGAACUUGUACCUGAAAACCCGCCAGAGCCAAUGCAGGUCUUUCCGAGUCAACGCCGCUCUCCUGCAGCAGCCCUUCGACUCCGCGGAUGAGAAGCCUCAGUUCCCGGGCGCGUCGGCUGAAUUUGUGGACAGUCUGGAGUUCAUCCAGCCCAACGUUAUCUCAGGGAUCCCAGUGUACAGAGUGAUGGACCGACAGGGUCAGAUCAUCAACCCUGCAGAGGACCCGCAGCUCCCGAAGGAAGAGGUGCUGAAUUUCUAUCAGACGAUGACUCUGCUGAACACCAUGGACCGCAUUCUCUACGAGUCACAGAGACAGGGUCGCAUCUCGUUCUACAUGACGAAUUACGGGGAGGAGGGCACCCACAUUGGUAGCGCUGCCGCUCUGAAGCCCACGGACCUCGUGUUCGGACAGUACAGGGAGGCAGGAGUGCUGCUGUACCGCGGGUUCCCGCUGGAUCGCUUCAUGGCGCAGUGCUACGCUAACGCAGACGACCUAGGGAAGGGGAGGCAGAUGCCAGUGCAUUAUGGGAGCAAGGAGCACAACUUUGUCACGAUCUCAUCUCCCCUGGCAACGCAGAUCCCUCAGGCGGCGGGCGCUGCCUAUGCGCUGAAGCGUGAGAAUGCGGACCACGCAGUGAUCUGUUAUUUUGGGGAGGGGGCGGCGAGCGAGGGUGACGCCCACGCUGGGUUCAACUUCGCAGCCACGCUGGAGUGCCCCAUCAUCUUCUUCUGCAGGAACAACGGCUAUGCCAUCUCCACCCCCACCAACGAGCAGUACAGGGGGGACGGCAUCGCUGCCCGUGGCCCUGGUUAUGGCAUGAUGUCGAUCCGUGUGGAUGGGAACGAUGUGUUUGCCGUGUACAACGCCACGAAGGAGGCGCGGCGCCGAGCCACGGCCGAGAACCAGCCCUUCCUCAUCGAGGCCAUGACCUACAGGAUCGGGCACCACAGCACCAGUGAUGACAGCUCUGCGUACCGCUCGGUGGAUGAGGUGAAUUACUGGGACAAGCAGGAUCACCCGAUCUCGCGGCUCCGACAGCACAUGGUGUCUCGCGGCUGGUGGGACGAGGAGCAGGAGAGAGCCUGGAGGAAGCAGAGCCGGAGGAGGGUGAUGGAGGCGUUCGAGCAGGCCGAGCGCAGGCUGAAGCCCAGCCUGGACCUCAUGUUCACAGACGUGUACAACGAGCUGCCCCCCCACCUGCACAGGCAGCGCCAGGACAUGUGGAGACACGUGAAGCAGCACACAGAGCACUACCCACUGGAGCAGUACGACAACUAGAGAGGAGACAACACACACACACACACACAGAGCACUACCCACUGGAGCAGUACGACAACUAGAGAGGAGACAGCACACACAGAGCACUACCCACUGGAGCAGUACGACAACUAGAGAGGAGACAGCACACACACACACACACACACACACACAGAGCACUACCCACUGGAGCAGUACGACAACUAGAGAGGAGACAGCACACACACACACACACACACACACACAGAGCACUACCCACUGGAGCAGUACGACAACUAGAGAGGAGACAGAACAGCACACACACACACACACACACACACACAGAGCACUACCCACUGGAGCAGUACGACAACUAGAGAGGAGACAACACAGCGCACACACACACACAGCACUACCCACUGGAGCAGUACGACAACUAGGAGAGACUAAACACACACGUU